UUCAGAGUGUAAAGGUUGAACAAGAUGGCGGCCAGCAGUCUGAGGUGUUGGCAGUAACCGAAUGGCUCGUUACCGGCUCGAUUAGCGCGAGCUGUUUGUAAAACACCGAUUUAGCGAUGCCGGCUUGGUGGAGUCCCUGACAAACUUGGAAUCUAUUUAGGAAAUUUUAACACUCUCUCUAUAUAUAUUUUUUUAUAUAAAUGAAAUGAUGGCGCUAGUUUAUAACUGGGUAUGGCGAGUUCUGCACGUCUUCCUCCAGCUUCAGCGCGCGGCCGUGUCCUGGUUCCAGGCGCGCGCGUGGAAGCGCACCUGGCUGCUAUGGAGACGAGCCGCGGCCGCCGUGCUGCUCCCGCUCGCUCUCGGCGCUGCUAACCAGAGGAAGCUCGGGGCCGGGACCGGGGCGGGGAGGCGAGCGAGCCGCCGGUGUCGGGUGCUGACGGACGGGAAGGCUCUGGAGAAGCUGCCGCUGCACAUCGGGCUGCUGGUCGCGGAGGAAGAGGCACAGUACACCGACAUCGCUAACGUGGUGGUGUGGUGUAUGGCGCUCGGCAUCUCUUAUGUCAGCGUGUACGAUAACGAAGGUGUGUUUAGUCGGAACAAUUCCAGACUGAUGGAGGAGAUUGUGAAGCAACAAAAGGAGCUCCUGGGCUCGGACAGCUGCAAGCACUCGGCCGAGCUCCUGAAUAAUGGCCCAGAAACACAGGAACAAGUGUCAAGGUGCCAGACGGUGGUGAAGGUCUUGUCUCCAGACGACGGGAAGCUCAGUAUCGUGCGAGCGGCGCAGCAGCUGUGUAAAGCCGUGGAGCAGAAAGAGCGCACACUCAAAGACAUCGACGUCACUGUGUUGGACUCCUUACUGCGAGACUUUAAGAACAUCCCAGACCCUGAGCUGGUCCUAAAGUUCGGCCCGGUGGAGAGCACGCUCGGCUUCCUGCCCUGGCACAUCAGACUAACAGAGUUCAUCUCUUUACCUUCCCACAAAGAUGUCUCUUACGACGACUUCCUCUGCGCUCUCAGGCAAUACGCGGUCUGCGAGCAGCGCCUUGGGAAGUGACAGAGUCCUUCAAAAAAAAAAAAACCCGAACUGAAAGAAUCCUACAAGAGAGACUUUCUCUCUUUCUCUCUAUGUUUACAAGAUGCUGAGCAUCAGCAUCCUGACGCCGCAUCAGCAUCUCUCCUUCACGACACACACGGCCAUGCGCUGACCCUGUACCCCCAGGCUCUGUGUGUGUUUGAAUGAGUAAAUACAUGUAUUUGUAAGUGUGCGUAUGAGCUAAGCCUGCCCUGCUGUGCGUGUACAUGGAAUAGAACGUCCGUUCAUCCUCGAGCGACUCCAGAGACUCGGUUAGCAAUAUGGUGUAAAUUUUUCCUUUCAUGCUUCGUUCCAUUGUGUGUGUGUGUGUGUGUGUGUGUUUUCUUUGGGGAAGAGAUGUUGCCAGGACCGCACACUGACAAAGAGGAACAUUACGAUGGGAAAACCAGUCACAUCAUCUCGGGAGCAUGCGUCGCAGGGAAACUCAUAAAUGACUUAAUUGAAAUAAUCUACUGCAGUUUGCAACGAAUCAAUGAGUCGUCGAUGAGACGGUGUGUGUGCAUGUGAGUGUGUCUGUGUUCAGGCCACUGAUUGUAUAAAAAAAUCAAAACUUGACUUAUGAUUUAUUAUUGAAAUCUUUGUUAUCACAUACUGUUCUGUUUAUUUUCAAUCCAAAAACUCCGUCCUUCAGUUUACCUUUUAAAUAAGUCAAAUUUUCUUUUUUUUCUUUAAAAUUUAAAUACAUGUCUAUGAUUAUGUGUGGUGAAAAUGUAUGAUGCAUACAUGAGGAGAAAAAAAAAUUUGCACCCCAAUAUGCAAUUUAUUAUUAUUAUUAUUUUUUUAAUGUUCGUUAUAAAAUUGUUUGCGGAAACGGUUCGUCAUCCAGACUCGUGUCUGUAACACUAGAGUAGGUGGUUGUAAGAGUAUCUGUAAUGUCUUUAUUACUGGAUCUGGAUCCAGUCUUCUCACUAUCACGGUCACUUUACAGCAUCGUCACAUCGCCCAUCUCCUAAUCGGCAUUCCUGUGAGACGAACCCUUAGAUGCGGAUGUUGUGAAGGAGACACUGCACAGAUUUUUACACCGUAAUGCUAACCUCGGAGGCUUGUAAACGACAAGGACGUUGCCAUUUGUUGGAAGUCUUAAACCGAACAGUGUAUUUAUUAGUCAUGGCUCAUCGUAUAAAAGGGGGUGAUGUAAUAGUGUCCAGUGUGAAUGCUUAAUAAAUGUUACUGAAAAA